ACUUACCAAUUAUUGUUGAAUUUCUGCUCAUGUAAGCUCUUGUAGUACUACAUCUCUUCCAAAACUGACCCCACUUUUUUGGCCAUCAUCUUCUAUAAAUUCACCCCAAUUCCAACACAAGCUUCCCCAGUUCUAAUAUCAUCUCAGACUCUCAAUACACCUUACAACCAUACCCAAAAAGAAUAGUCUUGAAAACUAGUUCCAAACUUCCAACCAUGGUUCCUAGUGAGAUAAGAGGAGUCCAAUAUCUAGCACCUGAAAAUCCAUUCCUAGUUCCACCCAACUUUGGCCUUGUGCAAACUGACAUUAAUCCAAACCUCCAUCUCAACACCCUCUUAAGCAACUUUCCAAACUGCCACUUCCCUCAUUCAGGCCUUGAAUUUCUUGCUCCUCCCUCCUCAUACCUCAGCAGCAACUCAACUUCUGAUGAAGCUGAUGAAAUCCACUUUAACAUCAUCGACGAAAGGAAACACAGGAGAAUGAUAUCCAACCGAGAAUCCGCCCGCAGAUCAAGGAUGAGGAAGCAAAAGCACUUGGAUGAACUCUGGUCACAGGUUGUUAGGCUCAGAACUGAGAACCACAACUUGAUUGACAAACUCAACCAUAUGUCCGAGUCCCAUGACAGAGUCUUGCAAGAGAACACACGCCUCAAACAAGAAGCUUCUGAUCUCCGCCAAAUGCUAGCAGACAUGCAAAUUGGAACCUCCUUUGCUUGCGCCAUGGAAGAAUUGGAGGACCUUCCAUGCAACAAACCUGAUCCCUCAAACCAAUCAAUCACUCCUGCUGAUAUGAUUCAUCAUGAAUGAGGCUAUUCUCCACUAUUUACACACAAGCCUAUUGCUCCCUCUAUAUAUCUGCUGCCUUCUUUUUACUUUAGAUUUCUAUGAUCUUUGGCUCUCCAUCGGAGAUCUAUGAGUUUAGCAGCAUAUCAUAUAUGUAUCAAUUAUCAAAUAAUUUAACAGCUUUACAUGUUCUUAUCUUUGAAUCA